AUGUCUGCCGAAGUCGAGCGAGAGCUGCUCAAUCAUUACAAGCUCGACUCCUUAUAUCCUUCAGAAUGGCCGGACCGCGACGAUGACGACUACGACAGCGAUGCUGCCACUGACGCGACAAGCGCGAACCAUAGGGAGUCCAAGUUCGCUGCUCUGGAUCGCACCCUCUCUGCUGGAGGGAAACGAUCCGACAACAGUGUGCAGAAAGAUGAACCCGACCCUUUGGGCAUCGUUCCUAGCGUAGUACACGAGUUGCGUCGCCGUGGACUGCCCGUUGAGGAGAACCUCCGUCUACGCAAUCGUUUCAUGCUGUCGUCGACCACCUUCUCGCCGAACCUGUUCCUCUCUCAAGUCCACCACUCCGCUUCGACCGACUCCCUACUCAACGGUCUUGAUUUUCUGUCCCGUUCCAUCGAGCAAAAGUCCGCUUCACUGAAACUGCUGGUCGAGUCCAACUUCGAACGCUUUGUUAAGGCCAAAGCGACUAUCGAUAAUGUAUACACCGAGAUGCGUACCCAAGGUCAGCAGGCCAUGCCAGUUUCUCCCGGCCAUCAACGACGACAUUCGAGGCACACGAGUAGGGGAGGCAUCUCACAUUUCCGUACUCCCAGCGGAGCUCUGACACCAACCGUAAUCAACAAGCUGCCCGACAAGAAGAAGAAUGCUCUGACAAAGGAGAGUGAAUAUGGCGUUCUUGGAAUAAAGGCUCCCUUGAUCGAACUUGGUGCAAAGGCCGAAGAAGUCUGGGGCCCUGCACUCGGCGGUCGCGAAAAGGAGGAAGAUCUCAAAUCUGUCCUGUCUUAUGUUGAGCAAAAUCGUGACGUGUUUGGUAUUGGCCAGGCUCUACAAGAUGCCAUCCGCAAGAAAGAUUACGAUUCUCUUGUAUCUGAAUACAACCGUGCCAAAAAGCUUGCCAAUGAUGCGACUCGAAAAGCUGAAACUAGUCAAGAACUAUCAGACUCGGACGUUCAUCAAAUUCUGGUUGCUGCAAAGGUUUGGUCGGACGCUCAAUCUCAGAUCGGUGCUUUCAAGCGCGAAUCUCGUAAACAACUAUCUGCCGCAAGGACUCGUCGCUCUACACCGUCUACUGCUGGUCAGCCUGACACGACUAUGACAUUGAUAGCGACACUACUACAGAUCGACAUGGAUGAUAACCCCAUCACGUUCUGGCUUUUCAGUCGAUACAACAACCUCAAAGAAAAGCUCACCCGCUCGUUCGAUCGUAUGCGCAUCGAGAUUGAGGUUUCGAGACGACGUCUCGCAUCUGCAGAACCGCCUACGCUUCAAACUUCGAAGCUCCAUCUACAGUCUGCAGUGGCAAACUUUGUGCAAGACCGAAAUUCGAACAACGAACCCAAUGCUAUGGACGCCUCGAAGAUUAUCGACUUUUGGGAAAAGGUGCAAAGCGCACUGAACAGUCUGCUAUCUUCCCAGGGUGGGCUUUUAAGCGAGAUUGUUGAGUUCUGGGAGACUGCAGAGUCAUUCAUCUCGCACAAAGCCCAGAGAAAUCUACCCACCGGAGUCUUUUCUUCUGAAGGCGGUCGUCAGCAUCUUGAUCUGAGAGAAGACGAGAUCAGCCGCCUUCGUCAUUCUGCUACCGAUCUGCUGAACAGCAUGCGUGAGAACGUCUUUUCAUUCUUUGUCGAUUCUCCUGUUGAGGAUAUCUCGUCACUAUUUUCACCGGUUCCUGCAACACCCGAUACCCCUUCUUCUAGUCUGGCCAGUGAUCAACGCAUGUUUUCCUUCGAUGUCAACAACAUCCCUGAGCCCUCACCCAAACGUGGUGAAUCAUGGGAGAAAUUCGCCUUUUGGGCACCUUACGCAAACUCUUUGAGCGGUGUCCACUAUCUCAGUAAUAUCUUACUUCUUGUCGGUACAUCGGCUGGCGAGGUUGCUAGCCUCUCUCUCGUCAGAGAUAAUUAUCGGAUGGCAGAGCAGCUCAAGACCAUGGUCAGUGGAGUGCGUGAACGCUGUAUUCAGGCUGUCUGUGCUGCUUGGAACGUCGACUCCGACAAGACCAGAUAUCUCGAAGACUGGUCAAGACAUUCAGAUCGCCGAGAUCUUACCAACAUGCCGUACCGCUUCAGCGCCUUUGAGGAAACUAUCCUUGGCGAUAUGCAGAAGAUUCUGUACAUUUCUGGGGCAAUGUCACGUCCUGGUUAUGAGGACGUCGUUGGGCCUCCGCCUACCAAGCUUCUACAAAUGGUCAGACAUCAGUUCAUCACCAGCAUAUACAAGACCCUUAGCGGUGCAGUUGAGAACGCGGAGAAGAACAAGAAAUUGGAAGAGUCAGGUAUCGUGGACCCAGAUGGUCUUACAGUGCCGAUAGCGCAAGGUGGUCUGGGUGCGGACAACAACAACGUCCGUCUACUACUCACACUUAGCAACCUUAACCACUUACGCCGUGAAGUCGUUCCACAACUAAUCUCGCAAUUCGAAUCUUCCUUCUCGAUCAAAUUCACCGAUGAAUCAAAGCAAAUCCGCGACGUACUCAAACAAAUUGACGACCGCCUCUUCCAAGGCUAUGUCAAGCCCACCACAACACAACUCCGUGUGAUCAUCUCCGCCGGCAUCUCAUCACCCAACUGGUUGCCAAAGACCUCGUCACGACCUACCAACGCUCGUCCCUAUAUCUACGAUGUAUUGCUUGCCUUGGUACUGGUCCAUACUGAAGUCUCGACCACAGCAAGCACCUUGACUUCACCCUUGCUAUCUCACUUCCUAGAAUCUGCUAGCGAGUCUCUUCUUGCUGCUUUCUCUGAACGUCGCACCUACUCACUUACGGCUUUGAUGCAAGCAACCCUCGAUGUCGAGUUGCUAGCACAAACGCUUUCUAACUACACGACUGAGAAGGCUUCGGACAUACAAUCGAGGAUAUACCUGGUGCUUGAUGAGAGAACAGAUGCAGAUGCCAGGACCAGACUGCAGGCCGAGCUUCCAGAGAUGAGAGCGAUCUUGAAGAGGCUAAGAGAAGGCACGAAAGGACAGUUUGGAUGUUUCAGACGCGAGAGGAGAGUCAGAAGUGAGAGACCAGGCAGCUCGAGAAGUGGUGGCACGGCAGGUCAUGGAUCGGUGGUCGGGUAA